AUGCCCCCGCUAAACCCUCCUAUCGACCCAGGACACAGGAGGAAGAGCAAAAACGACGCGUGGCGCUGCAAACACUGCAAGCGCCGGGGCGAUGAAGUCGUGAGCGAGAAGAAUGCAGCAACUGGUGACUUCAAGGGCGAACAUCUCGUCCACGAAAGACUGUGCCAAGGCCUCGACCAAGACGGCCAUCCACUGGGUCUCCCCGCCAUUUGCCCUGCCUGCAAUAGGGUCAUAGGCACCAGAGACCGUAAAGACCGGGAACCGACUCCAAAGAUGUGGAUGAACCACUGGCUGAGAUGCCAGCCAGCUUAUCCAUUGACCGACAAUUUCACGCUACGCAACAUCCUACAGAUGUUCAGCAAGUACCUCCUACCCACAACUGACAUGAAUGCAAAGUUUGGUAACAUUCUGUCACGUAAAGUGGCUCUUGAUGACGACAAGCAUCUACUUCAUCUUGAACAACAAUGGAAAAGGGAUGAAUUAACAGCUGCAAAGGGCGCAGACGACGUCAUAUCCCAAUACCGCUCAGAUUUUGCGCGUCCUCUGUCAUUCAGGGAUUUCUUUCAAGGCGCCGUGCCUCUCACUCUUGAGGCCCACGUGUCCAGCGUGAAGCCCCAAGACGUCGUCAGCGCCAUCCGACGGCUCACCAGCCAUAAAAGCGUUGCCUCUCGGAGCAUUGCGCGGCUAAGCGACGCUCAGAUCACGGCAUCCAACGUUGCCUUCAUUCAAGGCGCUUAUGGAGCAAGCGUCGGACCGCUGGGGCUGACAUCGUCGUAA